AAUGAAGGACAUGGAAAAGAAGAAAAGAGAAGCAGAAGGCCAAAGUUCUGAAGAUGCUUCAAACAAUAAAGAUAAGGAAGAACAAGAAAUUACCCUGAGGCCUUUAAACAUGGAAGACAUGAGAGAGGCUAAGACUCAGGUGGCUGCAAGUUUUGCAUCAGAAGGAUCUGUAAUGAAUGAGUUGAAGCACUGGAAUGAUUUGUAUGGUGAAGGAGGUUCAAGGAAGAAACAACUGCUCACUUACUUCCUUUAUAUUGUGGAAUGCUACUUUUAUUUUUGGAUUUGUGACCAUUCAUCCUCAAUGAUAUAUACCUUUAACAAAGGAAGGAUUCCUUCAUCAGAGAUGUUGAACUCAAAGCAUGCCCAAAUGUCAUAGAGAUAUCAUGAUUCCCAGAAAAGCACAAGUUCUACCACA